CAGGUCGGGAGCGUCUCCUACCCUUCCAGCCAUCGUGUGAAAGAGCCUUAGGUCAAACAAUUGAUCCAUCUAGCUCAGUAUUGUCUACACUGACUGGCAGAGGGUUUCCAGGACUUUAAACAAGGGUCUCUUCCAGCCCCACCAAGAGAUGCCAGGAGUUGAACAGGAAUUCUCUGCAUACAGAACAGAUUGUCUGAUUUUUGAGCUGCAGUUUGCUGGCUUCUUCUGGGCUAUCUUUAGAGAGCCCCGCCAGGGAGCAGGGCCUGGGGCAAAUCAGCCAAUGUGGGCCCCCCCUUACCGUUAAUUUUAAUGGGGGUUAAAAAAAGCGGGGCCCAGGGUGGUUGCCCUGCUUGCCCUGCCCGAAGGACACCCCAGAAUGGAAAGCGAAAAAGAAGCUGUUCUAAACCAAGUCUAGUUUCUAACCAACCUAAGUUUUACAUUUGAAUUUCAGGCAGGGGGGCGGGGAUACCAAAAACAAAUACAUAACAUUGAAUGUGGCUUGUGGAUAGAUUCUUGAGGAGGAGCUAGGCCCAAGGUAAACAGUUUCCCAGCAGCCCUUGCAGCCUUUGGAGGGGGAAGUGAUUUCCGAAAGCAGAGGUUGAGCAGAUAAAGGGAAGAGAAAGCACUGGGCACCUGUCUCCGUCUCUGACUGAAAGUGUGGGUGUGUGCGCAGAGGGUGCGAGAUAGGACGAAGACUGAUGUGGGAAAGAAUCUGGUGGCUCGUGAUCCAAGAAGAGCGCACAGGCAGCAACUUAAGCAGUAGCUGCAGCAGGAAGUGGUGGUUUCCCGUUUAGAAAUAGAGGCGUAGCCAGACAGCCAAGAGCCGAAGCAACCCAGGAGGAAGGAACAAACGAAGAGCCCAGGAGAACAAACACAGCAGAACAACACGGCAGCAAAGGGAAAGAAAGAUGGGGACGUGGCACCAGCAGCAAACGUGGGAGUGAGAUACUGAGAGAGAACGCAAGGGGGGAACAAAAGGUGAGGACGCCAGCGAAUGUGAGAACGGGAUACCAAGGAAAGUCGCUUUUGGAAAGCAAUAGCCUUCUGUGAAAACAUUUCUCCCCUAAGAAUCUCCAGCCAGAGAGACUCCAGUUGGGAACAAAGAAGCAAGGAAAAUGGAUGAAAAAAUGGAAGUGCUAGAGGAAGGAGAAAUGGUCCUGGCGGAAGAUCUUGAUGUCCAAACCAUAGAAAAACAGGUCUUCUUUCAAGAUGUCUCCAAUAAGUUGCCCAGCCAGAAUGCUCUUCCAUAUCCAAGGCAGAGAACAAGGCGGCCCGAUCCUGCACGGCCCUGGAAGUCUCUUCCAACCACCCCCACAGGGGAGACAGAUAAAGCCCAACCAGUCUUCUUCUCCUCCCUGACGUCUCUCCAGGCUGAGGAGUUUUUUGAUAUGGUGGCCAAAGUUCAAGCCCGGAGGCUCAAUGACCAGCGUGCAGAUUUUGCAGCGGCUGAAGAUGCGGGCGCAGCAGGGGAGUCCGUGGUCCCUGAACAGCAGCUCUAUGACACUAUCCUGGCCCAUCAGAGCCAGCGGCUUGAGGACCAGCGCACCGAACCCCCCAUCCCAGUGGGGAUACAGGGCUUGCUGGAUUUGCUGCUGGCAGCCCAAGGAACUCGGAUGGAAGAUCAGCGCUCAGUCCUCCCCCCUGCGUUGGCUACACCGUCCCUGCUGAAAGGACAGUGUGUGAAUCCUCCACCAGAUCCCUUUCUGGGACAGUUGUGGUUCUCGUGACUUAAGACGUCACAGCAAAAUGUGGAACUUUGACCAGCUCCAAAUGCCUUCUUAUAGAAGGAAAGGCAUUUGGGACCGAGAAAUCUAUUUGAGCCACUUCAAAAAGUUGCACAUAGUGAGAACGCUUGUAGAUACCGCACUGCAGUGAAAUGAGCAAAAUUAAAGCAGGCUGUCUCCAAACACAGCAUUGCAGAUUGCUUUCUGGCCAGGAUUCCCAUCUUUCCAGCAACAGACGGAGUGUCUUCCCUGCACCUCAUCUACUGGCAGAAAGUCAGACUAGAAGAAAAAGCAUGAUGCCUUCAUCAGGAAAGCUCACAAACGUCUCCUCAAACUCAGGCUGGAUAUGCAAUCAAAAGGGAAAAUAAAUUGGCGGGGAGGGGGGGGCGUUGGGGAAGAAAAAGAGAAUGUUGCUGAUAAAGGGCAAGGAAGCUCCAUCUACAGUUUAAUGAGGCGAUUCUCACGAUCGCCAAAAAGCGGGCUAAGGGAGCCUAGCCCGCUUUUUGGCGAUCGUGUGCUGCCAGGGGAGCUGUGCGGCCACCAAAACUACCCUUCCCCUUAGCCAAAGUUAACGGAGCGAGCGCUCCGUUGACCUUGGCGUCGUUCUGCUUGUGUGUUGCCGCGGAGUGUGGUGACACCACAGCAUCCUGGAACUCCCAGGGAUCGCGCGGCCCCCGAUCCCCGCAGGCCCCGCCAGUUCUCUGUCGGAGCCGGCAGUUGUGUGGGCGGCCAUCUUAAGACGGAGAUUCGGGAAGCUUUUUGAAGACGAAUUCACUUCGUUUGUGUCCAGUGCAAAAGAUCUGAAGCUGCAUCCAAGCAGGUUGUCCUAGCAGCUAACCUGGUCUUUUAGAAGGAGGGCGAAGUACAGUAACUCGAAAAACAUAAUUCAGCUAAUUCAAAUGUACUUGUAAAACAUUUAGUUGUACAUGCUUCUACAAUGAGUUUUUUUAAACAAACAAUAUGCCCAGUUAUGGAUGUUUUAUUCAGAUGUUUGAUAGUGCUUCCACAUGAGCACCUUUGAAUGCUACUCAGUCCAUGCUGUGCCACAAUGAGCUGGGAGAGGAAUUACCACCCUGGUUUUACCGCCUGUGCUCUUUCCCCCACUAACAUUCUGCAACUUUCGUCCACAUUACAAAUAUGUUCUAAGUGGACAACAUAGAGCAUUACAGGUGAGCAGUGGCCCCACCCUUUCCUCCUCUUGCCUAUAAUGAUAAUGACAAAAGUACCACUGAGUAACAUAGUUCUGUGCAGAACUAAAACCUGAUAAAUGUAUCCAAACCCAGAUUAUAACCAGCUGCAUUAUAGCGCCUCCCUAUGCAAACUGCUGAUGCUCACGGCUGCUGUUUCUAGCCAUUAUCAAAGCUAACCAGAAUCUACAGCAGUCAAUCAUUGCUGCAGAUGUUUGUUUGUUUGUUUGUUAUGCACAGCUUUAAUGCAUUCACAUAAUGAUAAUAAUAAUAAAUGUAAAACACCCUUUGAAGAUAGUGCCCACCUUUUGCACUUUUUAUUUAAAAUAAUAAAUAUUUUUUGAAAAUG